AUGCACGAAAAGGAGAAGCGUGAGGAUGAAAGCAAAAAAAGAAAACGGCGAUCAAGAAGUCGUUCGAAAGAUCGACAUACAUAUAAGGAGCCUAAGAAGCCCAAAGUCAAAAGACGAAAGGUAGAUGAUGAGGGUAUGUUUAUAUCUAAGCUUCGGGCAAAAUUGGGCCUUGCACCUCUUGACUUGGGUAGUGACUCAAAAGCCGGUUCUGAUGAGUUCAAAUCGAGGAAUAGCGAUGCAGAUUUUGUACAUGCGCCAGCAAAAGACAUAACCAAAGAACGGCAGACUGAAAAAUUGCAAGAAAAGAUUGCCACUGCAAAGGAGAAACGGGAGUUGCUGAACAAGCUAAGAGAAGUCAAAUCAUUAGGUUCUGGUGAAGAGACCAAUGUGUCCUCUUGGGUUGAAAAAAUGAGAUCUAAGGAGAAAGCGAAAAUUGAGGCUGAAAAGAGGGAAAAAAUGCUAAUUGAAAUGGAUGAAGCAUUCGGCGUUUCAGCCGUUGUUGCGGAACGAAUCAGACCGAAACGGCUUAAAGUAGUGUCACCGCUUACAUCGCUUGAAGGGCUCAAAGUUGAGCAUAGUGUUGACCGUUUUUCUGAAGCCAAUCCCAUCAUUCUAACUCUUAAGGAUAAAGGUACACAUUUUAUUCACUGGAUUUGGAUCUUCCUAUCACUUGUUAUUGCCAUUACUUAUUUUAAGUGCACCUCGGAUUAUGAACUUAAUUUUGGCCCUUCGUCUUCGUAG